CCUUGUUGUGUAAGAGUAUUAUUGAAACGUGGCUGCAGCUGAAGAAAUUGACAGAUGAGAUCAUGCAUCAAGACAGUCCUUUAUAUGCUGCUGACAUCACUGAACAGCUGGCCAAACAAUUUGCCUUUCGAUCAGGUGGUCGAGGAGAUGAUGGGUGCCCGAUUAUAACCUUUCCCGAAUAUCCUAACUUCACAGAUAUCCCUGAGGAGGAGUUCCAGAAUGUUGUAACCUAUCUGACCAGCAUUCCAAGCCUUCAAGAUGGUGGCAUUGGAUUUAUUCUACUCAUAGACAGGAGACAAGACAAAUGGUCCUCUGUAAAGGCAUCGCUCCUGCGAAUUGCGGGAUCAUUUCCAGGAAACCUUCAAUUAGUUCUUGUGCUUCGGCCUUCAGGAAUCUUUCAGAGAGCAAUCUCUGAUAUUAACCUGAGGUUCAGUCGAGAUGAUUUUAAGCUGAAGGUACCGGUCAUAAUGCUGAAUUCAGUAUCAGAAUUACACAGCUACAUUGACAAAACACAGCUGACAGAGGAACUUGGAGGUACCCUGGAGUAUUGCCACACGCAGUGGUUCUGCCAUCGGACUGCUAUUGAGAGUUUUGCUGUCAAGGUGAAGGAAACUGCGCAGGUGCUUCAGACCUUUGGAACCGAACUUGCUGAAACUGAAUUGCCAAAUGAUGUAACAGCAACUGUGGGUCUUGUAACAAUGCACACAGAAAAGCGAGACAAGAUGAAGAAUGAUAUAAGCCAGACACGGAGCCAGGGUUGUUCUCUCCUCUCCUGUAUUCAGGAACCAGUCAUCAGGAAUCCAGGGCAUCAGAUGAACACAGAUGAACUGGAUAAUCAGAGCACUGUGGAACGGUUGCUUGCUCAAUUGAACGAGACUGAAAUGGCCUUUGAUGAGUUUUGGAGUAAGCACCAACUGAAGCUCGAGCAGUGCCUACAACUCCGACACUUCGAGGAAGAUUUCCGAGAGAUCAAAGCAGCUUUGGAUGUCAUUUCAGAACGGUACAGCAUUUUCACAGAUGUUGGGAACAGCUCGAUUCAUGUGGGCCACAUUAUCAGGGAGCUUUGCGGCCUUGAAAAAAAAUCUCAGGAAGCACUGGACAGAGCUGAGGCCUUGACGAUCCAGGGAGACAAGCUGAUAGAGGACAAUCACUAUGCUGUGGAUUCAAUACUCCCCAAAUGCAAUGAACUAAGAGGUGUCUGUGACAAUCUAGCAAAUGGAAUAAAAAUCAAGAAGGAAUUGCUUAAUCAGUCAAUGGAGUUGCACACGAGGCUGGAACAGGCCAUGCAGUGGUGUGAUGCUGGGAUUUAUCUGUUGGCGUCGCAACCUGUCGAUAAAUGUCAGUCCCAGGAUGGGGCAGAGGCUGCCCUGCAGGAGAUAGAAAGGUACUUGGACACUGCCACAGGCCAGAAGCUGGAGGACCUGACUAACAUCCGCACCAAGUAUGGAGCGAUUCUUGGAGAUGACCUCAUGAACCACGUUCUGAAAAUCUUCCAGAAACAGGAGGCAAUGGAGGAAAUGUUUGAAAAGAGGCGAGUGAGCCUCAAGAAGCUGGCUGCAAAGCAAACCCGUCCUGUGCAACCAGUGGCUCCCCGACCAGAAGGAGUUCCAAGAUCCCCCAUUCCCCUCUCCAGAACAGAUCACAGAAAAGGAUACGACCCCAAUUCUAGCCACAAAGCAAAUGUCACCCAGAUUAAUCUGCUUAAAAAAAACAGAAGUCUUUCAAAGAUCGAGAUGAAUGAGCUCGGUGAGGGAAGGAAAUGUUCCUCAUCUGACGAUGAGGAGAACCUUGCAGUGUUAAGGAGCCAUGUAAUGAAUGAGCUGAUUGAAACUGAGCGAGCCUACGUGGAAGAAUUGCUCUGUGUGCUUGAGGGAUAUGCUGCUGAGAUGGAAAACCCCUCAAUGAUUCCAUUCAUCCCAAUGGUUCUGCAGAAGAAGAAAGAAGUGCUGUUUGGAAACAUGCCUGAAAUUUAUGACUUCCACAACAGAAUAUUCCUAAAGGAGCUGGAAAAUUACAUUGACUGCCCGGAGUUGGUGGGACGUUGUUUCCUGGAGAGGAUGGAAGACCUUCAGAUUUACGAAUGGUAUUGUCGCAAUAAACCCCGCUCAGAAAGCUUGUGGAGACAGUGUUCAGACUGCAUUUUCUUCCAGGAAUGUCAGAAAAAGUUGGAGCACAAGCUGGGCCUGGAUUCCUACUUGCUGAAGCCUGUGCAGCGGAUAACAAAGUACCAGUUAUUAUUGAAGGAGCUGCUGAAGUACAGCAAGAACUGUGAAGGAGCAAAAGAUCUGCAGGAAGCUCUGUCAGCUAUUGUUGGAAUCCUGAAAGCUGUGAACGAUUCAAUGCACCAGAUCGCCAUCACAGGGUGGGAAGGGAAUUUAAGUGAACUUGGCAAGCUGUUGAUGCAAGGUUCAUUCAAUGUGUGGAUAGACCAUAAGAAGGGUCAUGCAAAAGUCAAGGACCUGGCAAGAUUCAAACCAAUGCAGAGACACCUGUUCCUCCAUGAAAAAGCAUUGCUUUUCUGCAAGAAAAGAGAAGAAAAUGGGGAAGGGUAUGACAAAGCCCCUUCCUACAGUUAUAAACAGUCCUUGCAUAUGACCACUGUGGGUAUCACUGAGAAUGUUAAGGGAGAUAAUAAAAAAUUCGAAAUAUGGUACAAUGCGAGGGAAGAAGUUUACAUUGUGCAGGCGGCAACCCAAGAAGUUAAAAACAUAUGGGUGAAUGAAAUAAGAAAAGUCUUAACGGGCCAGCUGGAAGCUCGUAGAGUUUCUAACCAGCACUUAAAGUCAGAGCAUUUUCCUGUGGCUCCUUUAGCUCUGCCCAUUAAUACAAGUCCCUUGUGGAGCCCACAGAAAGUGAGAAGGCCUGAGAUUGUGAGCCCUGAUAAUCGCAGCACUUCAGUCAUCUCACCAAAGAAACAAGAAAAAGGGAAAGGUUGGACCAAAGUGUCACAUUCCCUUGAUAUACCAGAAGAAAACAAUGAUGGCUGGUCCAGUGCUGAUGACCAACUCAAUUCUUCAGACUGUGAAGAGGAAGCUAGCAGAAAGUUGCUUCCUGGGAAGUACACGGUUACAGCGGACUUCGGGAAGUCAGGAGGAGACGAGUUGACUGCCCGCACUGGUGAUAUGUUACAGCUGGUCUGUGAGGGCCAGGAGGGUCGAUGGCUCAUCAGAAAUCUCAACACAAAUAAAGAGGGCUGGGUCCCAGCUACAAACCUGCAAGCACUGCUCGGGGAUUCUAGUUCUUCCCAGUCGAUAAGCAGCUCAGAGUCAGCUAGUGCUUCGAGUACUCUGAGCUCUUCGUCAAGCUGCACUGACCAUUAUACUGCUAGUGGCACCAGCAUCGGUGAUAUUAAGGGCUAAUGACUCUCAGACGUACAAAAUUGGUGGUCCUUCUUUUCAAACUUUUCCCUUUCUAAAGUAACCAGCACUGAGGUAGAAAGCCUGUAAGUUGUUCUGCUGCUUCUCCUUCUCGCCCUGGGCUUAUGGUUGAUGCCAGCCGUGGUUUUAACAUUUGCCAAAGCUUUCCUUGGAGUGGAGGUUACCACCGAUAUCCCUGGAGCUGAACCUGGGUGCCCUCGACACUGGGGAGCCCAGAGCUAAAGAACAUCCAUGGACAUCUCCUCAUUAAGGCUGCACACUGUGUGAAGUUAACCACUGAGGUGCCACGACCAUUUUCUGAUGGACAAGAAGCUAAGAUGUAGCCCCAGGCAGUACUGUAGACUGGAGAGGAGUGACGAGGACAAUAACGUGAGACCAUGUGAGGAAGAAAUAGCAUUGAAAUCGUUCAUCACGGUGACAACAAAAGAAAAGGUACCAGUGUUAGGUACUUCAUCAGGAGCUUUGAAUAUGCAUAUUUUGGGGAAAUUGGCAGUAGUAUUGAGCUGCACUUUCCAGUGUUUGACUGUGAUUUUCAGAUGCUUCUAAAUGUGUGUGUCCAUCACAUGCAUCUAUUCUAGUGCACAAGAGUAGAACCUCUUCUUAGUAACCACUGUGAGAGAAUCUAACCUAGAAACCUUGAACCUUUGCCAUUUUAAGGUGAAGUAUUUACAGUAAGAGUGUUUACAUGAAUAUUUCAUAGCUUCCUUGUUAUUGUUUUGUUUUCCAUCACUUUGUCCAUCCAUCUGUCAAAGCCCUUUGUUCCCUCACUGCCCACUCUGUAACCCACCAUUACCUGCAUUCAGUAGUCCUGCAAGCUCUAUACCAUAGAGAUGGGAAAGUCACUGCAGUUGUCAAUUGAUAUAUAAGGAACUCUUUUCAGGAGUGAGUAUGUUAGAAAUACAGUAGAGGAUUCUUUACAGUGUCCUUGAACUUUGGCGUUUGAAUACAUCGUAGGCAAUGAAUUUUGCUUUUGGCUAUUGAGAUGAGCUUGAGAAAUGCUUUCCAGAUAUAAUAGAUUAUUUGGGUGCUACUUGCACAGAGAGAGAUCUGCCUGCUGCUCCUCACCCAGUGAACGUAAAUGGACACUCAGUAUCAAUCUCACCAGCAAAUUGUCUCUGAUGGGCAUUAAUGGCCUCAGCUGGGGCUGAAGUCACAGUUGAUGCCCGUCCUUUUAGGGUCUUGCUGAGCCCAAUAUUUGGCCUAAUAGAAAUGUCUACUGAUCACACUUGUUUAAAUGUUACCUUUUAGAUCUUGCAAUGCAGUAAAUUUCAUGGCACUUUUGGCACAGCACACUCUGUUCACUUUUACCAGUGAUGUCCAUCAUUUAGAUCUUGUCCGAGUUGUGUCCAAUUGUAUUUUGUGUAUGGAAGCAUG